CAAUACACAACCCUGUUGUAAUCUCUUGCCGAAAAUUAAGGAAAAAAAGAUAUAACACUGAAUCUGUAAUUUCUAAAACUUUAAAAAUAUGUCUAACAACAAAAGACAGUAUUGGAAUUAUUUUGGAAAUCCAAUAAAUGGAUUUAACAGGGAUGGCGCUAGUGGUAGUGCUAGAAAUGUACCUAAUUUAGGAACAUUUAGCAUGGAAAACAAUGAAUAUCGCAGCAGUCGAAAUAACAUGGGCAAUAUGUCUAGAGAUAAUGCAAACAACUAUGGAGGAUCUAUGGAGGACAACAAAUGUACUAGGAACGAUACUGACAUCCCAAAUCAUUAUAAUGAGCCUUUCCAUGGUAGUAGCUCCGGAAACAGUGGUUUUGGUGUUAAUCGAGCAGGGUACGGGGAUUUCAAUGACAUACGAAGCGAACGCUUUGAAAAUUGUAAUAAUAUCUCCUAUCCCACUGCUGGUCGCGUUAGUGUUUUCAGCAGGCUGGAUAAUGGCAUUGGAAAUGCUGGAAGACAAUGGGUUGGACAUAAUAAGCAAGCGGAGAACGAUUCUAUCGGGAAUUUGCAAGGCAUUGGGGGAUCUGAGAGGAACUGGACUCCGUCGUUCGAAAAUGCACAAACGCUGCUAGGAAAGCGAAGAUUUAUUACCGAAGAUGAUGGAGGCUGUUUCGAGGAAUCUUAUCCAAUGCGCAAUAAGAGAUAUGCUGGUCCUAACGAUGUUUACCAAUCAAUAAGGGAUCCCGAUGAACACCGUGCAAGAAGGCCUGAUGACAAUUGUGAUGGUUUUGCUAGAGGGGAUUUCAUGAUGGGAAAACGAAUGACGGACUUUAUAGUAGAAAGCCAUAGCUUGCUGUCAGCGAAUUGCAGUACCCAAAGUGAUGGUAGAAGUAAUGGUAUGAGCGAAUGCAGAGAUGCGAGCAACCAGAGGUAUGGACAUUUGCAAGAAGAUGAUUAUAAAAACAGCCAAAUUGUUGAAGAAAAUGUUCGAUUAAGAUUUAAUCGCGAUGUGGGCAAUAACGUAUCGGUAGCCGAUAGAAAUGAUCAUAAUAAGCAUACAGCCAGUAGAAGAGCAGCUGAGCAUAGAAUGACAGCGGAGAAACAUAAAAUACCAACAGUUAAACCAAGUAAACCAAAUGAUAAAAGCGGAAGCGAAAAAGAAGAUUCAGAUGAAGACAAUGAUGGAAAAAUUGUAGACGAAGCGGACAAAGUAGUGAUACCAAGCCCAUUUAAGAGAGUUUACAAUGCUCUAGAUUGGGAUAAUAUCAUUCAGUGUAGGAGGUUCAGAUGUUUUACGAAAAAAUUUCCCAUUGGUCCUACAAAACAGGAUCCAGAGAACUAUUGGAGAAAUUGGUGGAAGUCUUACGCGUACAUAGAAAAUGUCAUUGAAAAGGUUGACAGAAAAAACGAGUAUAUACGAUUUAAAACACAAUUUCGUUGUGGAGUUGGUAACACAUGGCAGGAUUGUGCACACACUUAUCGUGUCAUCUCAUCCAGAUGCAAACGGCGCAUUAAAUUAGUAUCGCCUCAAUUUGAAAUGAAAGAUUAUUAUAAAUUUUUUAAGUAUAGAGCUAUACUUAGGGAUGUCUACCUACAUUUUAGACGAUUCAUGUCCAAAAAAUGGUCUGGUAUUGUUGGAAAAAAUCUCCGUGGAUUAACACAUAGAGGGAAGAUAGCGUUAUUGCUGCAAAAUACUAUAAUGGAAUGGCAUCAUUGGAAGGAGUUGGUGACCAAAUUUGAAAGAGCCGAAAUAUCUUUGUCGGAUGAUGUAACUCUUGCGUAUUCCAUGCUUAACUACAACCUUUUCAAUUUUAUCGUAUACGAAUGUAUAGUUGAACUUAAGAAUAUAUGCUCAGAUGAUUGGCCUGGAUUUAACGAGUAUUAUAAAAGGUUGCAGUACUGAAUCUUCACAUAAACUAUUUGUGUACCUAAAAUAAAUUUAUUUAUGUUAGCACAACUAAAUUUUCCAUUGUAAAUUCCAAAGCGCUGAAUAAAAAACUGGUGAAAUGUGUAUUACAAUA